AUGGCUAAAACAUUAAAGGAACUGGAUGGGUGGCAAGUCGUCAUUGAAGAUGAUAAGGGGAGGAUAAUUGAUGAGAACAAUAGAAGAAGAUCAAGGAAAAGAGGAGUAGAGAAUGUGUUCUUAAAGAGAGUUUCUGAUGGUUUGAGCUUUGGAAAAGGAGAGAGUGUGAUAUUCAACGAUAAUGUGACGGAAACAUAUUCUGUUUAUUUGAUUCACGAAAUCAGACUCAAUACGCUGAAUAAUCUCGUAGAAAUCUGGGUCUUCUCUUACCUAAGAUGGUUUGAACUCAAACCAAAAUUGUACUACGAACAAUUUAGGCCAGAUUUAAUAAAAGAAAAUCAUCCCACGGAUUUUUACAGAGACAAAUUCUUCAAAGAAGUGAAUAAGAGUGAAUUAUACUUGACUGCUGAACUAUCUGAAAUUUGGCUUAAGGAUUUCAUCGCAGUCGCCCAACUAUUUCCAGAGUCACAGUGGAUUGAUGAAAAGACUAAAAAGGUAGAUAAUAAGGACUUUCUCGUGCGUUACGCAUGUGAACCUACUGCGGAAAGGUUCCUCCCAAUUGAUAUUUUCCAAAUUAUCAGAAUGGUCAAAGAAAUGGAACCCAAGCAAUCUGAUGAAUAUUUAAAAAGAAUAUCUGCCCCAGAAAGCGCGAAUAAGUCAAACAAACAAACAGUACACAAGAUAGGGCCUGAAAGAUCCGCAAAGAGACACCAAAGGCUAGCAAAGAAAUUUCCAUUGAAAGAAAUCAAGGUCGAACCCCCCUCUGAUGAUGACUUCAAGAAGAAAAAUUCAUCAUAUAAACGAGAAAUCUCAAAAGGCAACAGUCCACUUUCUUCCAAUAGCAAUGACAUUUUCCUCAAUGCAUCAUCAGCGUCACCCGCAAGUGCUCCAAGAAUUGUACAAAGAAGACCUAUUUCAAAAGAAUUGAUUGUUUCAGAGGAAAUACCAAUAAACUCAUCAGAACAGGAAUCAGACGAUGAAGAUUCCAAUGAUAUGAGUAGUAUUCGGCAAACCCCGAAAUCACUGACGAAAAAUGGAGUUACAGGAUCUUACGAGCACCACGAAAAUUUUGUAGACGAAGGUAAUUCAAUGAGAGUGAAUGGAGAUAAGAAGCCUAGACAGGAAUUAGAUGCAUCUGCCUCAGGGAGUUCUGGUGAAGCGACAUCUGUUAUAAAUAAGAGAUAUGGAGUUCUGAGCGAUAAUAAUAUCAGAAAGAUUAGAAAAAUACAUAUUCAAGAAAUACGAAACAUUUCUCGAAAUAAUGAUGAUACCGAAAGUCUCAGAAAACAAGCAACUGUUGAAAGUGAAACCCAAAAUAAUCAUGGAAAAAAUGAGGCACUACCAUUCUAUGAAUCAAAAGACAAGACAAAAAGAGAUGAAAAGGCAGAAAUUUUCAAGGCCAGAAGCAAAGACGGGAACAUCGGCUAUAAACCUAUUCCUGCAAGAGAUAAUGCAAAAAUGAUCGAUUUUGCUGCUUUGUCGAAGUUGAAGAAAAAAUAUCAGCUGGUUUUAGACAGAGUUGCUCCAGGUAAUCAAAUUAUCGAUCUAACUCAGUUGAAAAAAGUCAGAGAGUCACAAUCAACCUUGGAUGUUGCAGAUAUUGAGGAUAAGUUCAGAAAAAUAAACCCUGGGCCUGAAAGAGAUACUAUUCUGUCAAAAUUUAAUGGUAAGAUCGAUUUAAAAGAGUCAAUUAGAGAAUCGUUAGGGAAGAGAGAGUCUUUAAGUUCACAAGUUGAGGAUUUCAUUAAAAUUUUUCUUCCGAUUUACAAUAGCUUAAUGUCUUCUCAAAACAAGCUAUUUUAUGUAGUAAGUGAAAACCAACCUGGGCAAUUCAGGCUUGUAAAAGAGGUGAUGGACGAGCUGAUCAUAUCUUCUAAGCAAAAGGAAUUACCUAUUUUUGAUUAUAUUUAUAUUGACGCUUUGGAAUUCACUGAUAUGAAGGUAAUUUUCGAGAGAAUAUGGACUGCCAUCUCUAAAGAAACGCUCCCCGGUGAUAUAUCUCUAGAAGCUUUGAAUUUUUAUUUUAUCAAUGUUCCGAAGGCAAAAAAGAGAAAAACUUUGCUAUUAAUUCAAGACCUCGAUAAUAUAUUAAACGAGAAGACCUUACACUACUUUGAAAAGUGGAUUUCGACGGAAAAUUCGAAACUAUCUGUUAUUGGUAUUGGCAGAGAUAAUGCAGUGAUUAAACAGCAAAUUAACGCUACACCCUCAUUAAAACCACAUUUCACUGAAAUCAUACUUGACAAGGUAACCAAGGGCGAUUUACAGCGAAGGACUGUCCCAUAUCUUAAGUCCUUACUGAAACCCUUCUACGUAAGAGUAAACGAAAAAAAUGAAAUGACUAUCUAUAAUGAUAGUUGCGAAAAACAGGAGCAAAAGCUACCAAAGGGCGUGAUAACAGUAACCCACACCAUCAACAACAAAAUCAUUGAACCAAUCGCGAAGAAUAUAGCACAUCUGAGUGAUAAUACUGAGAAAGCUUUCAAAAUUUGUAAGAUGGCAGUGGAAAUCUCCAAAAAGGACUUUGUAGGAAAGAGUGGCAUACGAAAGGGUAAACCCGUGAAAACCCAGGAAAUGCUGCCGCGUUAUUUUUCAGAGGCUAUCAACGGGUUCAAGGAUGACGCUAUUGCAAAGAAGGUUAUCGGGAUGUCUUUAUUAAUGAGAAUGUUCUUAUACACACUGGCACGUGAGACUGAAGGCCUUAAUCGUCAUACGCUUGCGCUGGAUGCUGUUUUAACCAACAUGGUGCGGCUGCUACGGGACAACCCAAAUUACAAGGCUUCUAAAGAUAUUAGAAAAGUGGUCUGCGGUGUAUGGGAGCCCCAAAUAACCAUAGAGAAACUGAAGCAAUUAUCAUGGCUAAGUGUGGUCAAUGAACUAGUGAAGGAGAAGCUAGUUGUGGUGGUACUUGAAGAGCCCGCUGCUAGUAUUAUGGUAGAACUAAAGCUUGCUCAUCUAGAUGUAAAUUACGCAUAUUCGAUUGACGAAGCAUUCAAGAAUGUGGACUAG